GAUCUCCUUCUUCUCCCUUCAUCCCUCUCUCUAUCUCAGAAAUUAUUCUAUCCCAGAGAUGCUUCGUUGGGCCCAUUUAACGGCAGGGAUUCUCUCCGUUGUCGUCCUCUCUUCUCUCCUCGUAGUCUUCCUCCGUCGCUGGUGCUGUCUACGCCGAUCAGAGAUCACCACAACCGCAGCCAGUCCCAUUCGGAGCAAUAGCUUCCAGGCUAGAAUCUCAAAGCUCCACCAGACGAGCCUCAUCCACCAGCUAGAUACCUCCGACAUCAAGCGCAGAGGAAAUAUUAAAAACUAUUCAAUCUCCAGAAGCGCCACAACGGGAGGAUUCCCGUCGAAACCUGGCCUAUUCAUCUGGACGGAUCACCCGGCUUUGGUUACCGAAGCAGUGGAUAAUGGGUGGACAAGGUUCGGAUUCGCUCUCCAUGAACCUGCUCCUUUGGUGACCGGGACCUCGCCAGGGUCGGUUCUUCUAGGGCUUUGCACGACGGCAGGAAGCGAAGAUCCUGGUGUUGUAAUCACAUGGGAAGUGUCAAACGGCUCUGUUGAUUUCACACAGACGAUCAAGUUUAAUCAAUCGUUCAAGGAGACGGUCAACGCAGUAAAACCCUUGAUGGUUCUCCGAGGAGCAUUACCACUUCCCGGACCACAACUCGUAAGUUCUGCUUUCCCACAAGAGGCUUACUUUGAAAUUACAAUCCUAGAAAUCACCCAACGCCGCCACGGUGAGGGUGGUGACGUAAGUUGUGAAUUAGUGGAAGGUGAAAAAACUAAGUUGUUCAAGAGCCAAGGACUAAAACUUGUCCAAAGAAGAGAAUGGGAUGGAGAAAACGAAGAAGCCGUUUUGUCUCUAGGACUAGCGACUGGUGGUUCCUUAGGUGCCGCCGGCGAAACACGACUACCAGGAAAAUUCCCGGCUUCUAUUGGGUUCCAAUCGAACGGUUCUAUCUAUCUCGAUGGAAUGAAGCUGGUUUGUGAAUCGGAGAAACAUGAGUGGGCAAAGGAAAACAAAGUGGUUGGUUGUGGUUACGAUCCGAGGAAGAAGAAGGUUUACUUCACAGUCAACUCACACUUGGUUCACGUCAUUAACUGUAAAGCAGACGAGUUCGGGACACCUCUGUACCCCACUCUUGCUUCCAACACAGAGGCCACAGUUCUUGUCAACUUGGGGCAAUCUCCAUUUUAUUACGGCCCGGCAAACGCGCAACGCACAUCCAACCCAUGUGCUGGUGCUGUAGCCGGGCUCGAGGAUAGCAAAGAACUCUUCUCCAUUGGAAGAAUAGAUUCUCACUAUUUGAGCAAUUUUUUCAUUAACAGAGGAAAUAGUGACGAGAUUGCAAGCGGGAGGACCACCGUGGGAAAUAGUCAUAGACGUAAGCUCGACUAUGACGAAGAAUCUGAUGCUGAUCUUUUCGAGAUUACGCUUGAACGGUCUGGAAAACUAAAUCCAACCAAGUUAUAGCAUUUUAAAUGAAGAACAUGAUCCUCAUACAGUAUAUGCUUAUUGUACAAAUAACUAGAGACUCCAAGUCAUUGAUAAUCAACACUUGAACAUAAAAUUCUUCCUAUACCUGUUGAUCAUGAAUAAUGUUUGAGAUUAUUU